AUGGCUCCUUUAGAUCCCGUAGCGCAGUACGGCUUCACUGCCGUUGAAGCAUCGGCGUUGAAGCUUCUUGCUUCACUUCCUUGUCCCUCCUCUCCAGCGCCAUUUGUCGCCAUUUCCGAGACGCCUAUUCCGGACACCCCCGUAGCGAAACGUGUACAGGUGUACGCCAAACGCAAUCUGCCAGAACCGACAUUCAACCACUCCCUGCGAGUGUAUCACUACGGCCUGGCGAUAAAGAAAUAUCGAUUUCCAGAAUGGAAGUUCACGGAUGAAACGUACUUCCUAGCCUGCGUUCUACAUGACAUCGGCACCACGGAGGAGAAUCUGCAGAAUACAAGGAUGAGCUUUGAGUUUUACGGAAGCCUACUGGCGUUGGACGUUUUGCAGACGAGUGACGGGGAAGAUGGCGCUGUGGCGCCAAGGGAGCAAGCAGAGAGUGUGGCGGAAGCGAUCAUUAGGCACCAGGAUUUAUGUGAGGUUGGUAAGAUAACUGCCGUGGGACAAUUGAUUCAAUUGGCGACGAUCUUUGAUAAUACUGGUACAUAUUCUGACCUCGUGAGUCCGUCCACCAUCGAGGAUGUAACGCGGAAUUUCCCGCGUCUUGGGUGGAGCAACUGCUUUGCUGCGACGAUUCGCCGGGAAAACAGCUUGAAGCCGUGGGCGCAUACCACGGCUUUAGGGGUGGAUGAAUUCCCUUCCAAGGUGCUGGGAAAUAAGCUCAUGGCGCCUUUUGAGUAA